AUGGACAGUCUCGAAAUGAACCUCCUGAUCGAAAACUACAUAGAUGAAGAAAAGGUGUGCCAUAAUUUCCCCUUUAGAAAAUUCCACCUUCUAUUAUAUGCCUAUAGAAAUUACCACCAGACAAUUUAUUUGCGGAAGAAGGAGCUAGCUAAUGUGGAGAAUCAUGGUAGAUGCAAGGGUAGCGAUUCUAAAAACGGGUUCGAUGGUGGUAGCCAUGAAGCGUUAAGUGUAAACUUGGUAAAGAAUCAAUAUAAUUAUAAAAAAAAGAAGAAAAAAAAGAAGCAAAUAUCUUUUGGUACCUCGGAGAGCUUUCGAAGUGACGUCAGUGCCAAUGGACGAAGGAACACUGCACAAUGCGUCGGGAUCCCCGAUGCUUCUACCCCCACGAUGGCAUUCACUCGCACAGCAAGCAUAACUGGUACAAGCGUGAUGGCUUCAGGCACCAGCGUGAUGGCUUCGGGCACCAGCGUGAUGGCUUCGGGCACCAGCGUGAUGGCUUCGGGCACCAGUGUGAUGACUCCUUGUGCCAGUGCCGAGGCGAACUUAGCGACCCACGACACAAAUAAAAACCAGAUGGAGAAGCCUUCCGGGCAAGGGGAGAACCCUGGGGGAAAAGCAUACAAAAGAACAAACUCAGAAAAUAAAACAGACCGUUGCAUUUUACCGAAACAGAAAGAAUUGCCUGAACAUGGUCAGGCUGUAGAGGACUAUUCUGAAGAAGACAUGAUAAAACUUGUGUACUAUUUUUUGGGUAAGUUUGUGUUUAGUAAGGACAGGAAGAAGAAAAAUAAGUUGAGGGGGAAGAACAGCUUGCUGUUGAUGUUGGAGAGGGAGGAGGAUGGUCAAGCGAAUUCGAUGGUGGGGUCGAAGGGAGAAAAGAAGAGGGCAGUCAAGGGUGCGCCCAGGGGAGCCUCCCGAGGGAGAGGCAAGAGUGGUGAAGCGGAGGAGAAGGGAGUGACGAACGAGGUGGAGAAGGGAGUGACGAACGAGGUGGAGAAGGGAGUGACGAACGAGGUGGAGAAAGGAGUGACGAACGAGGUGGAGAAGGGAGUGACGAACGAGGUGGAGAAAGGAGUGACGAACGAGGUGGAGAAGGGAGUGACCAACGAGGUGGAGAAAGGAGUGACCAACGAGGUGAAGUUGGAGCUGAUGAACGAAACGGAGCAGGACGCACGGGAGAAGCUGCCAAAGGAGCAGACCAGCUGCGAGCAGGAGGGGGAGAAACCCGCAGAGGGGGGCGAUGGUACCCAGAGAAGUGAAGUCGGAGAGGUAGGAGAGGUGUGCGAGGGGGAGGCGAACGUGGAAGGGGGUGGAGGUGGCGCCGAAUUGAAGGUUGCCGCGGAUAGUGCAGAUGUGAAAGCUGCCCCGGAAGGAGAAGACCCAUUCGGCAGGAAGCGAAAGGAGAAAGACAAAAGGGAGCAGCCAAAUAAGGGGGUCAGCGAAGUGAACAGCUCCGAGUCAGGGAAAACAAACCCACAUGGAGAGGCACACGAGAGGAGUGGAAAAGCGUGCAUGAGCAGUGACAACUACGAAGUUGCAGUGAGGCAAGCAGGAGCAGAAGAAGGAGGAGCAGAAGAGGGAGAAGCAGAAGAGGGAGGAGCAAAAGAAGGGGAAGAAGCAGUCGUAGAAGCAGUCGCAGAAGCAGUCGCAGAAGCAGACGCAGAAGCAGACGCAGAAGAAGAAAAAAGACUCGAACUAAUCAUUAAUUCUUUUCUGAAUAGAAAGCAAAUUUGCUUUACGCUGAAUGAUAUUUUUUAUCCCUUCACUAAUCGGAACCUCAACAUGUCUAGGAAGAAGCAGCAGAAUAAGAAGCUGGCAAAGAAUAAAUCAUUUGAGCGCACUAAUAAUAGGUUUUCUAGAAUUCUUGGACAUGUCGACCUUCUCGACCCACGAGAUAGUGCACCGUCUAGGAGGUACCUUAAAAGUAAAGUAAUUUACGGAAAAUUGAAGAAAGGACUAAAUCUCCUACUUAAGCAUGAAAAGAAGAAGAAGAGGAAGUACAGGAGACAAGGAGCAGGUGGUAAGGUCGAUGAUAUCGUGUCGGUACCCCCGAUUGGUGAGGGGGUGGAAGGUAGUCUCACCAGUGGGGGGGGAAACGCCGCGAACAGUAGAAAUGAGAUCAAUAGAAAUGAGAGCGUCUACAAUGAGAGCGUCUACAAUGAGAGCGUCAACCAUGGGAACGUCAACCAUGAGAGCGUCAACAACGAGAACGUCAACGUGAGUGCUUGCGGUCAUCCUGUUGGAAGGAAGAAAGGCAACAAAGGUGUCGUGCGUACUGCCAACGAGAAUGAAGACAGUGUGAGUGUCACUUGGACGACAAAGGAAGGAGAUGCGAAUCCUCUCGUCAAAAAUGCGAAGGAGAAGUCGGGGAGAGGAAAGAAUGCCGGAGAGAAGAAGGGGGUCAAGGCGAAUAAGGCACUCGUAAGAGUAAAUAUCAGCGAGGGGUGCAGCAGCACCAUGCAAAUGCACGAGGCGCAGCGUGGCGUCCUCCGCUUCGACCUGCACGCGGUGGGAGAUGUGGGAGUGAUGGGAGCGAUGGGAGCGAUGGGAGAUGUGGGCGCCAUGGGAGACGUGGGAGUGAUGGGAGACGUGGGAGCUGUGGGAGACGUGGGAGCUGCGGAAGCGGUGAGAGCCAUCCGGGGCGGCAAAAAUCAGGCGAGACCCAGCCCAAGGAAGCACACCUCACAUGGGAGAAGUAAGCAGAAGGAUUCAGGCAGCACUUACGAUGGCCUUUUUAAUAGCGUGGGGCAAAUGAGGGGGGUGAAGGCGAAAGGGAAGGAGGGGUACAGCAAGAUCGACAUGGUGGAUCCAGCCGUGUCAAGCUACUGCGUCGGCGGCCAUGCAAGCGGUCACAUGGGUAGCAAUUUUAACACCCAACUGAGCAGUCACAUGGGAAGCCAGGUUGGAAGCCACGUGGGAAGUCACAUGGGAAGUCACGUAGGCAGCCACGUAGGCAGCCACGUGGGCAGUCAGAUGAGCACCCCCCUUCGAUACGACCCGGCGGUCUACAACCACCCAGGUGGAGGAACCCCGGCGAACACCCCCAACAAAGGCUUUAGUAAGAAGGAGAAAACGGGAGCGAGAAAAAACGUACACAAAAUGAACAGCAUGUCGAAGGAGGCGACGUUUUAUAACGCACCACCUGCUAUGAUAUCGGUUGCUUCCAUUGCUGACGGAGGAGGUUUAUACCCAUACAGCAACUUCCACUCUCCCAGUAACGUUGAAAAGUCCAGUGGAGUGAUGCCCCCCCAUGGAUCAGGUAGCAACAGCACCAGUGUCUAUGGAAUCAACACUACAGAAGAACAAAGGUAUCCACAGGAAGCUCACACAAUAAACCCUUACGUUCAGAACGAAAUAAUGAACAAGGUCAACCUUGCAAACAAUAGCUACACGUUCAAAAGUAACAAUAACCGUUUGCAGAUCAGUAGACCAACUAGUGUCGAUAUGAAUCACCAAGCAAAUGGAAGACUGUUCGGGGAAAGACAAUCAGGUGAAAAUAAUUUUAAAGGGAAUGUGAUGGAGUUGGAGCAGUUUAACAAGGAAGGCUGUAACGAAUUCAGUGGUACCCCCCGAAGUAGAGUUAAAAAAAACGUAAAGAGUGGAAAGAAGGACAAGAAGAACGUGAAGGGACUCCACAGUGUUGGAGAUAAACGGAAGGGAGCUACCAAUCAAAUGGGGAGAGAUGCGAAACUCGGAGAGAAUGAAGAAGGACAGGGUGGAAGAUACGACAUUGGUAUGGGUGAACAAAGCGGGGAGGAUAAGGAUGAGGAUGGUCGUGGUCCAGGUGCACGGAACUCCUCCGUUGGACAUUGCUAUGAUGAGAGCAAGAGCAACUAUCACAACAGAAGGGGGAGAGACGACGACAAUAAUAAUGAUGGGAGCACUUCGUGCGGGGGUGCAGGAGGAGGAAUGGGGGGCGCCUACUUCGCGGGGAGCAGUUACCACGUAGGUAAUCAUAACUCCGGCGGGGGAAGAAGCUGUGUGCCGGGCGAGAACCGCUAUAAGGGGCAGCAGCAGGGGCAGCAGGGGCAGCAGCGGGGGCAGCAGGAUGAGGAGAUUAUUGCUGCGGUUGAAAGCGGACCAAUUGGCGCAGUAGGAUGUGGCUUAGGUGGCGGCUUGGGAAGCACCACGGUGAGUCACCCCGCGGAGGGCCACCCCACGCAGAGCCACCCCGCGGAGAACGCGAGAACGAGCAAGCCCCUGUUGCACACGAGUCUGAAUCGCCAAGCAUUGGAUGGGAAGACAGGAGCAGAUAACACGGUGAGUGAAAGGAUGGUCAACGCGGGGACCAACGUAAGGUGCACCAUCGUAGGAAACGUUUCCUGUAUUAACAGUGUGGUAGGAGGUCCUAGUGACGACGCGAUGAAUGGGAAGGAACUGCUUGGCGACCUCUCCAGGGGGAAGACAAGCAACGAUGUCAAUGUACUGGGCAAAGGAACGAUCAUCACGAAGAAGCAGAAUCAAAAAGGAGCAUGUAAUGGGGGGCACUUGGCACCAGUUAAUGAUAGGAUGAAGGAUAAUGUUGGAAGAAGCAACAGGAAAACGAGUUGCGAAGUGAGCAUGUCCUUUGCAUCGAUAUCCGAGGGGCGGAGUAGAGAUGGUACAGGCAAUGCCAUUUUUAAUUCCCCCAGGAAUGAAGACACAAAUGGCGGUAACGGUGUCGGAGGGGGGGGUGCAACCGAUGCGGGGGAAGCGAAGAAGAUGACCUGCCUGCAGCAGGUGCAGAAAGGGGGGCAGGCGCAGAAAGCGGAGCAGGUGCAGACGACGGAGCAGAUGCGGCAGGUGCAGACGACGGAGCAGAUGCGGCAGAUGCAGAUGACGGAGCAGACGGCGGAGAAAUUGAACCAAACGGAUGCAAAGGAUGAGCCGCGGGGAUUUACAAAAGAGGUCGCCGAAGACGGUGAACUCAGCAAGCACAGCCGUAGUAGCAACGGCAGUAGCAGUAGCAGUGGAGGUAACAGAGAGGGAGGAACAAAUAAAGUAAAAAGUCAAAGAGGAGGAAGUGCCAAGCUGGGGAGUGAAGAUGCACCCACAACGGGUUGCAGCAGCAUGGUGAAUAUGAGACAAGGGAUAGAUGCAGGAUUAAAUGGGAAAGGAACCAACCAUAUUAGUUAUUACUCGGAGCAAACGUACGUAGAAGGUGGUAUCCUAAGUACAGCUACCUCCCUCGAUGUGCACAAGGAGGAGAAGAAGGCAGAAGCUCACAGAGGGGGGUACCUAAAUCACGCAAUGAGCAAACCUGUUAGAAUGAAUAACAAUCAGGAGAUAGAACCACUUGGUGAUUCACCCCUCAGUAGUGAAACAGGAAUAAAUCUGCAAUCGCUAAGUCAGAGUCGACCAGUAGAUCAGCACGAUGUUAUGAGUAACGGUUAUACUGGAACGAAAGAUGGAAUAUGUGACUUGGGGAAGAUGAACAGGAGAGCUGACAGUGGUAGUGGCCCUAUGAGUGAUUUGACCUUCCGAUUAAGGACCUCCCAUUCGAAGGGUAACUAUUAUGGAAGUGAAUCCUCAGUUGGGCAGAUGAAGAAGGAUAAUCUGCAGCGUCAUGUGGAGGAGAGGGGAGUGAACAAGCUGGGCAGCUUCACCAUUCAGGCGAUUGACGGUGUAGGGGGCUACACGGAGGAGAUGUCGUUUGUGUGUAGGGGUGGGGACGAGCAUGGUGGAAGUGGCGUUGGCAUUGGCGGUGGUGUUGGCGGUGGCAGUGGCGUUGGUUCUGGAAGCAGCGAGAAUCGCCCCCCCCCUGUGAUAGUGCAGCAAUGCGGCAUGAAAAGGAAGAAGGUCCCGUCUCUUUCGCAGACCGUGCAGGGAAGCAAAAAGGUGAAGGGGGUGUUAGCAAUGGGCCUCCCAGGCGCGAACAGUGGCAGCAGUGGUGGUAGCGGUGGUGGUAGCGGUGGUGGUAGCGGUGGUGGUAGCGGUGGUGGUAGCGGUGGUGGUAGCGGUGGUGGUAGCGGUGGUGGCAGCAGUGGUGGCAGCAAUGGAGGCAGCAAUGGUUGCAACAGUGACGGCAGGACUGAGGGGCAGAGAGUCAUGCAGAGCUUAGCGCCGAGCCAUGUGCAGAGCCAUUCGAUGAAUCGAUUGGCAAAUCGGCAUGGGAACCCACUCCCUCCCAGUGACUUGCAUAGCCAAGUGCAGCAGCCCUUCCCCCAGGCGAACGAAGGGUAUAUAGUCGCAAGGAACACAGUCAGCAUGGCACCCAAUAUGAUGACCAGCAUAGGAGAAACCGUGCCACCCCUAAACGGAAGGAAAUCUCCAAGAGAGCUACUACCCCCCACAACAGUGGAGCUAUCCGAUCGAGUGGAAGUGAACCAUGAUAAGAACAGUAACACGCAGAAGGUGGAAGCCAGGUGGCCCCCAGUAAGUAGCAGCAGUUUCAGUUUUGAUGUAAAUGGUGAUUAUGAGAGAAGGGGGCUUGUCGAAAAAAUACUCGAUAAAGGUUCUUGCGCAGAAAAGGCGAAUAAUGGGGUGGAGAAAGCCACGAGUAGCACGUUGGGGAAGGGGCUACUGAGGAGUGAAAUGGCUCAUGUGUAUGGUCACGCUGGAAGGACAGUGUCUGAUGCGAAGGUGCAUUCGAUUCGGUCGGUUAGUUACGCGAUGAAUGGAGAGAGUGAAAGAAGAAGGAUAAACGUAGGCGGGGUACUCCAAAGGGUCGUGGAGGAUGGCAGGGGGGAUACCAGCAGAAGCAGCAAGGAUGGUAGGAGCGGUGGUACAAGCGGUGGUACAAGCGGUGAUAGAAAUGGUGAUAGAAACGAUGGCAGAAACGAUGGCAGUAACAGCGGCAACAGCAACGGUAGCAACAGUGGUAGCAGCGGGGGUGGAGACAGUAGGAGCUACUCCGUGUUGAGCAACCAGAAGGAACGAGAAAAUAAUCCCCAGAGAGACAUCCAAGAAUGUGCGAAGAUGCGCGCGCUACCCACGGAGGGGAAGCAGUUCAUCCUGGGGAGUCACGACAUUUGUGGCAGUGGCAGUGGGAUUGGCACGCCGUUGGAUGACGUACAAAGAGGAGUCAGCAAUGGCGCAGCGAGGAAUGUACUGUGUACAUGGGACAAAGGUAUCAUCCCCCCCACCGUUCCCAUGAAUGAUGUUAAAAUAACGAACAGGAUGGAAUUGCUUGACAAGCAGAGUUCGAAUUCAGGUGUCUUAAAGGAUGAAGAGAAUGGAGUCAAAUUAAAAAUAUCGAAAAAGAAAAAAAGAAAACCAAAAGACACACUCCUACAGGAUGAAAGAAGUGACGUGAAGGAGCAGGUUGUGUCCGAUAAGACCAUCGAUGAUGAGUUCCCUUUGUGUGAUCUGGGAGAGGAGAACCCAACUGAGGAGGCCAAAUCGAAGCCCAAGCGGUCCAGGAGGUCUCGGGGCGCGAAGGAUGGAGACGACCAGGUUGUCACCGGUGCCUACGACGAGAACGGAGAGAAGGUCUCCGGGGUGUGGUACGACACCAACAGGAGACUCUGGCGAGUCAUGUACAUGGAAAACGACAAGAGGAAGACGAGGGGCUUCUCCCCACGCAUUUAUGGAUUCAACCUCGCACGGGAGUUGGCCGUGAAGCUCAAAUAUGAGAUGAUGGAAAAAAACAAGAAGUGA